GGCGGGCGGACUCCGCGCCGCGCCGGCCCCAGGCGCGUUGGGCUGGGGGCGGGGGACGGGGCGGAGGCCGGGCGGCGCUCGGCUCCUAGCUCCCAGCCGCGCUCCCUCUGGCCACUCGCGCUCCCGCGCCGCGCCCGGCCGGCUUCAUGUGAAGCGCCGGCCCUCCGCCCCCUCCCUCCCCUUCCUACCCUCCCUCCCUCCCUGUCCCCUCCUCCUCCUAUCCUCCUCCUCCUCCUCCUCCGGCGCCCGCUUCAGCUCCCCGGGGCCCCCUGCCCGGCCGGGCGCUGACAGCAAGGGCGGGGGUCCCCGCCGCCGCUGUAUCUCGCUCAGAUUCCAGCUGGGGCAGCGGAGCCCCCGGUGCGGCCAUGGACCGGCCGUCGUCGGCGGAGGCGGAGGAGGAACUGGAGUGGCAAGUGGCGAGUCGCAGGAGGAAGGCCUGGGCCAAGUGCCGAAGCUCCUGGCAAGCGUCGGAGACGGAGGAUCUGUCCACAGAGGCGACGACGCAGGACGAGGACGAGGACGACGAGGAGGACCUCCCGGGCGCGAAGCUGCCGGCGGCCCCGGGGAGAGGAAACGUGCCCAACGAGAAGAUCGCCAUAUGGCUCAAGGACUGCCGUACACCUUUGGGAGCCUCACUGGAUGAGCAAAGCAGUAGUACACUCAAGGGUGUGCUUCUGAGAAAUGGAGGAAGUUUUGAAGAUGAUUUGUCUUUGGGAGCUGAAGCCAACCACCUCCAUGAAAGUGAUGCUCAAAUUGAAAACUGCAGUAAUAUCUUGGCCAAAGAGAGAAGACUGCUGUUUCAUCAGAAGGGGAGAAGUAUGAAUUCCACUGGAUCUGGGAAGAGUAGUGGGACAGUCUCCAGUGUUUCAGAAUUGUUAGAACUUUAUGAGGAAGAUCCUGAAGAAAUUCUUUAUAAUCUUGGAUUUGGACGUGAUGAACCAGAUAUUGCUUCUAAAAUUCCUUCCAGAUUUUUUAAUUCAUCAUCAUUUGCCAGAGGGAUAGACAUUAAAGUAUUUCUGAGUGCUCAAAUGCAACGGAUGGAAGUAGAAAACCCAAAUUAUGCCUUAACAAGCCGUUUUCGCCAAAUUGAAGUGCUUACUACUGUGGCCAAUGCAUUUUCUUCUUUAUAUUCCCAAGUCUCUGGGACUCCCCUGCAGAGAAUUGGAAGCAUGUCCUCAGUAACUUCUAACAAGGAGACAGACUCACCUCCACCUUUAACUCGAAGUAACACUGCAAAUCGUUUAAUGAAAACACUAUCAAAACUAAAUUUAUGUGUCGAUAAAACAGAGAAAGGAGAGGGUAGUAGUCUUUCCCCAACAAUUGAAAAAGGAAAGAUUCUAAAUGUUUCAGUUAUUGAAGAAAGUGCCAAUAAAAAUGAUCAAAAAUCUCAGAAAAUUGUAAAGAAGAAAGACUCAUCUUUUAUGUUGGCUACAGUUAAAGAAGAAAGCUCAGGUAGUUCAGCAACUGUUACGGAGAGUGCUGAUAUUGAUGGACUUUCUGAUGAAGCAAAUAGUAAUUUUAACCAAGAAACUGAAACUGAACAAAGUCAAACUCAAAGUCACGAGAGUAAACUGGGUGAGGAAUCUGGUAUUGUAGAAUCUCGUUUAGUUAAUGAUUUCAACAUUUCCGGUGAGCUGGAAGACAGCAGUGAGCUAAAAAAUGUUCAUAUGUCCACACCUGAAAAAGAGCCAUGUGCACUGCCAACAAUCUCAUUUAUAAGACAUGUAAUGACCCAGCAGAAGGACUCCUUCGAAAUGGAAGAGGUUCAAAGUACAGAGGGAGAAGCUCCUCAUGUUCCAGCCACGUACCAGCUAGGUCUUACCAAGUCAAAAAGAGAUCAUCUAUUACGUACUGCAAGUCAGCAUUCCGAUAGCAGUGGUUUUGCUGAAGAUUCAGCAGAUUGCCUAUCCCUUAAUCAUCUUCAGGUUCACGAGUCCUUGCAAGCCAUGGGGAGUAGUGCUGAUAGCUGUGAUAGUGAGACAACAGUCACAUCAUUUGGUGAAGACCUUGUCACACCAACAGUACAAGACCAGCCCUAUUUUAAUGAAUCAGAGGAGGAGUCUCUCGUCCCCCUCCAGAAGGAAAGAGAGAAGGCAGAAACAGUUGCUGACAAAAGAAAGUCAGAUAGCCAGGAUUUCCCUCAGUGUGAGACCAUUGAAAAUACAGAAAAUAAACAGUCCACCUGUGGUACAGGAGAUCACAUUACUGAAAUUACUCAAAUGAAGGAGGAUUUGUCUCCAGCACAAACAGUAGAGCUACUGAGGGAAGCAAGUGCUGAAAGUGAUGUGGAUAAAAGCAGUGAAUGUGAAUUUCCUCAAUAUACCACACAUCAUAUUCUGAAAUCUUUGGCUUCCAUUGAAGCUAAAUGCAGUGAUAAGAGCUCUGAAAAUGCAACUGGGCCUCACUCUUCUGUGGACAUAGUUAAUACAGCUUUGCAAAGAGCUCAAAUGAAGGUUUGCAGUCUGUCUAAUCAAAGAAUAGGGCGUAGCCUGAUCAAAUCAAAAGAUCUGUUAAAACAUAGGUACUUACUUGCAAAAGCUGGAUAUCCUCUGAGAAGGUCUCAGUCUUUACCAACCACCUUACUGAGCCCAGUGAGGGUUGUGUCCUCUGUCAAUGUUCGGUUGUCUCCAGGAAAAGAGACCAGAUGCAGCCCACCUUCCUUCACCUAUAAGUACACACCUGAGGAGGAGCAGGAAUUAGAAAAGGGGGCGACAGAGCGUGAUGGUCAGUCCUUAGUUAAAUCCACCAUUUUCAUCUCUCCACCAUCUGUGAAGAAAGAAACAGCCUCGCAGAGCCAGGCGACCCAGUUGGAGGAGUGCCAUCAUAGGACUCCUGCCUGUUCACUGUUUGUCCCGGCACCCAUAUCUCAGUCCACCUGCUCCCUUCAUUCCGUCCACUCGGAGUGGCAGGAAAGGCCCCUGUGUGAGCACGCAAGGACUCUGAGCACUCAUAGUGUUCCCAACAUCUCCGGGGCCACCUGCAGUGCCUUUGGGUCCCCUUUCGGGUGUCCUUACUCACACAGACAUGCUGCCUACCCUUACCGAGGAUGCUCUGGGAAUCCUCCUUCCACCAUUGAAAUGCAGCUGCGAAAAGUCUUGCAUGAUAUUAGGAACUCCCUGCAGAAUCUUUCACAGUACCCUAUGACGAGAGGACCAGAUCUUGCUGCUGCUCCAUAUAAUAAUCAGAAAUCAUCUGUUCUACCUCUUUAUGAAAAUACUUUUCAGGAGCUCCAAGUCAUGAGGCGGAGCCUAAACUUGUUUAGAACACAAAUGAUGGACUUAGAGUUGGCAAUGCUGCGUCAGCAAACCAUGGUUUAUCAUCACAUGACGGAGGAGGAGAGGUUUGAAGUUGAUCAGCUCCAGGCUUUGAGAAAUUCAGUGCGGAUGGAGCUUCAGGACCUGGAACUGCAGCUGGAGGAGCGCCUGCUGGGGCUGGAGGAGCAGCUGCGUUCUGUGUGUGUGCCCGCGCCCUUCCGCUCCUCUGCACUCCUGGGAAUGUGUGGCAGUAGAAGUGCUGAUAACUUAUCGUGCCCUUCUCCGCUGAAUGUGAUGGAACCAGUCACUGAACUGAUGCAGGAACAGUCAUACCUGAAGUCUGAAUUAGGCCUGGGCCUUGGAGAAAUGGGAUUUGAGGUUCCUCCUGGAGAAAGCUCAGAAUCUGUUUUUUCCCAGGCAACAUCAGAGUCAUCUUCUGUAUGUUCUGGUCCCUCUCACGCUCACAGAAGAACUGGAGUACCUUUUACUGCCUCCGUGAGCAAACCCAAAACCCAGUCAGUGGCGAGUAAGAAAGUGUUCCGAGCAUCAGUGGCCCUCACGCCCACCGCCCCUUCUAGAACAGGCUCUGUGCAGACACCUCCAGAUGUGGAAAGUUCUGAGGAAGGUGAAGCAGCUGAAGAAGUCCCAGAGGCUACAGGACCUAAAUCUGAAGUGGAAGAAGGGCAUGGAAAACUCCCGGGAACGGCAGCUGCUGAGGAAGUGCACAAAAACGUGGAGCAAGAUGAGUUGCAGCAGGUCAUACGGGAGAUUAAAGAGUCUAUUGUUGGGGAAAUCAGACGGGAAAUUGUAAGUGGACUUUUGGCAGCGGUAUCUUCAAGUAAAGCAUCUAAUUCUAAGCAAGAUAGUCAUUAAAUGGAAAUUAUAGGUUGGGAUGAAUCCUAUUAGCUGUCAUUGGAGGUAUCAAUACUAUACACUGGUGGAGGUGUCACUUGGGCUUUGGAAGAUCCUUGCUGCUGAGCUGGGCUACUGAACACAGUGUAUAGUGUGUAUUUCUUCUAUGCAUAUCUUUUUAAGGAACAUAUGUAGAAACUUAGGCACUUUGCCGUUUCUUUUAUGAACUAUCAAAAUUGUAACAGUUUGAAAAACCUAAUAUUUAUUUGUAUGUCAAUAUUUUUCAUUUGAUUCUCUAUUAGAAUUAAUUAUAAAACUUGAAGACUUCCAGACUUAUCCAACUUAUACAUAACAUAACAUACUUCUUCAAACCAGCUUCUUAAAACACUGACCUCUAUGAGGUAUUUACUGUGCAAUAACUGAUUCAUUUUUGGAGAGCUUGAAGCAACCAAUGAUUUUCCCUCCACUGCUAUUAAUUAGUGUUACUUCCAAGAAGAAAAACUAUUCUGUUGUAAAAAUUGCUCUUAAUUCUUGAGGAGGUUACUAAUAGCAGUGGGAUAGAAUUAUAUGAGGUUACCUACAACUACUUAAUGUUCUUACACUGUAAGCCUUGUUACUUUAUCCAAGACAAAUAUAAUUUUGUGGUAGCUUAUGUAGUAUUUUUCUUUUGGUAGUAUGCCCUAUGUAAAACACUAUGUACUUUUUGCAUUGUCCAGACUUUUUUAUUAUAUUUCUUCUUCUGUCUUUUCAACUAAAUAAUAGAGUAUCAUCCAAAUGAUGGGGCCUAUGACUUGAAUGAAUAGAAAUGAAUAAGCUUCUUUUUGUUUUUUCAAAGUAGAAGUAAUCUACAUUUGUUCUCAUUAUGUAAAUGGUUUUAAUUCAUUUUUAACCAAUGAAAACUUUGUUAUUAUGAAAAAAAGGAAAGUGGUUUCCUAUUUGGUUUUAUAUGUGUUAAUAAAUGUGUAAAGUAACCAAAUGCUAUUGAAAUUAUUCUCUUAGCAUUUAUAAUUUUCUUACUAUGUUUCUUUGUGUGUGAUAUUUUAAUCAAAGUGGUUGAGAUGUUAACAGUGUUCUUUGAAAGAGUAUCUGUAAGGUUUAUAAAUGUUUGAAAUAUCACACAAAAGCUGAUUCUAAAAAAAAAAAAUUAAAAUAAUAAAGUAUUUAUUUUGCCUAAAA